CAGAGUCUGUAGCUCUGUUGAACACUAGGUGCUGCAACAGCAAACACCAAAAACUCACGCGCUCUUUUUUCAGAGAACGGACACAGCUUCUGCUGUGCCUGUGUCUGUCUGUGUCUGCAUGCACUAGAGAGAACUAUCAACUAGGUGACUGGAUUUACAGUUAUACAUCUACGAACUAAACCGUCUGGAAUCUAUCAAUCUAUCAGGAAAAUAACGCCUUUUCUCUUCCUAGAGAGACUCCAGGGGCGCAAAGCUCCUGUCAACUGCAUCUAACUCUGCUUGAUACAUCUGCUCGAGCCGUUCUCACUGCCAUCAGAUACCGCCACACUAUACACCCUCGCCUCUCCCCGGGAACUGAAAGGAGAGAGGAAGGAGAGGGGGAUAGUCGACAGAGGGGAAAGGGAAGAAGGAACGAGAGGAGACGAAAUAUUAUCCUCUAUCAGGAUUGAGAAAGAGAGAAUAACUAUUCUGUACCAGGAGCUAGAUUUCUCCUUUCACUAGAACGUUGGCAUGGCAAACACAGGCAUCAACAGGCUGACUAUUUAACGGACCCUCAGUGCAUUACUCAUGCUUCUUUCUGUAAGCAGCCUGAAGGAAUAAUUUAAUAAUAAAGAAUAAACACUUGUUAUUGAAGUUCCAUUUUACUGGAGGAAUAUCUGAAUAUCCUCGCCUCCCCUUCCCUAGGUCGGACUCGGACUGAGAGGAGGGAUACUUGACUCUCUGCUUCACCUGGUGAAGAGUCCAGUAAACCGAACCAACCGACGUCCGCACACACGCAAGACCCCUGCGCAUUGGGAAGCGCUGGGCCGGAUGUCGUGCAGCACGUGCUACUACCUGGUCAUCAGCUCCACACACCUGAGCAACGGCCACUUCCGGCGUGUGAAGGGAGUCUUCAGGGGACCGCUCUGUCCCACUGCCUCCAGCCAAUCACCGGAUCAUGGUGAGAGUGCAGCAGGUACAGUGGAGGAUGAUGGGAAGUCAAGUUUCUUCUGUCAGCUGUGUGAGAAACAGUACCUGAGACACCAGGAGUAUGACAACCACAUCAACUCCUACGACCACGCACACAGACAGAGACUGAAGGAGUUGAAGCAGAGGGAGUUUGCUCGGAACGUUGCGUCUAAGUCGUGGAAGGACGACCGCAAGCAGGAGAGAGCUCUGAGACGCCUGCACCAACUAGCACUGCUACGACAACAGACACACAGGGUACCAGGCCAGGUUGUUAGGUUCCGAGGGACAGUGAAAGCUGAGAUCCAGCAUUCAGAGAGACACUGUGGAGAGAAAGACUACAGACCAGGGGACCACCAUGUCCCCUUGACCCAAACAGGGUUAAUCCAUACCACAGGGAACUCCCAGCGACCCGCUUUUACCCUACCUCUAACUAAGCCCCAGACCAUCCCUCUCAGCCUCCAGGGAGAGGACUCCCCCCAUCUCCAGACCAAGCCUCUCUCCCCUUCCCAGCCCCAGCAGCCAGAAGAUCCUACCCACAUACCCAUUUUCCCUGGAGGGCACUUCCCACCCUCCCCACCCCCAGCCUUGCAUUCCAGAUGUGGACCUUCUCUGGAGGAUCCCCAGCCUCGCCUGAACAGCUCCCUCCAAGACCCUGCCUUUCCGUGGGGCAGAGACACGGGAAGGAGAUGGAUCCACACGUCUGAGAUGGCCAGUAGAAUUGCUGCAGUUUACCACAGCCAAACCCCACCUCUCCUACAGCUGCAAGCCCACACACUGGCAACCCCACACCAACCCACUACACUGUAA